AUGGACCUGCAAAAAUCAGUAAGGAAGCAAAACGGCAUCAUUUGGAAGCUGUCUAACCACGUCAUCAAUACCACCGCCGGGAAGACCUCGAACCUCGUGUUUUCGCCGGCGUUGAUCAAUGUUAUCCUUAGUUUCAUAGCCGCUUAUAAGUCUCCCGGAACCACCGAAGAACAGAUUCUCUCUUUACUAAAGUCUUCUUCCACCGAUGAGCUUAAUGCCGUGUCCUCCCAUAUAGUGACCACCGUCCUCGCCGACAGCGCCGCAACUGGCGGGCCAAUGAUCUCGACUGCGAACGGCUUCUGGAUGGACAAGACUCUCUGUGUGAAACAGUCUCUCAAAGACCUCUUGGAGACUUCGUAUAAGGCUGCUUUCAACCAAGUUGACUUUCGCACGAAGGCUGAUGAGGUGUCUGAAGAGGUGAAUGCAUGGGUUGAAAAACAGACAAAUGGGCUCAUCACUGAUCUUCUUCCACCAAAGUCUGUAACUUCUUUGACUGAUUACAUAUUUGCUAAUGCUUUGUUCUUCUACGGGAGAUGGGAUAACGAGUUUGAUCCAUCUCUUACCAAAGACUCAGACUUCCACCUACUUGAUGGAACCAAAUUACGAGUGCCCUUCAUGUCGGGGGACUUCUUCACUUACCAUCUCGAUGUCUACCCAGGUUUCAAAGUCCUCAACCUACCUUACAGACAAGGAAGUGAUUGGGAAGAAGACGGUCGUUCUUUCUCGAUGCAAAUCUAUCUCCCUGAUGAAAAAGAUGGGUUGCAAGCAAUGCUGGAGACGUUAGCUUCUACUCCUGACAUUCCUAGCCACUGGGCAGAUAUCGGAGAACUCAAGAUUCCAAGGUUUAAAUUUGGUUUUCACUUUGAAGCCACGGAAACUCUGAAAAGUUUGGGGUUGAGUCUACCAUUGGAGAGGAUCUUCCACAAGUCUUGCAUCGAGGUUGAUGAAGUGGGAACCAAAGCUGAAGCAGCUGCUGCUGUAGUUUGUGAAGGUUGUUGUGUUCCUGCGGAGAAGAAGUAUGACUUCGUGGCUGAUCAUCCUUUUCUCUUCCUUGUCAAAGAACGCGGAAGUGGAGUGGUUCUGUUUCUUGGUCAAGUUCUUGAUCCUUCUAUGCAUUAG